UAGGCUCUACAUAGUAACAACAAACUUCAAAAUAGAUUUCAAUAUUUUGAAAACGAGUAGGUCACGACAUCAAUUCAUCGUAAAUAAUAACAGUAAUGUGGGUCAGCCUGUUCACAUGUCUACACUUAUUUACGUUAAUGAAUUCACAAGGACUUUACACGAAUGAACUGGAAACAGAGCGAACGUCAGAGACUCCCGACACGAUGUACAGGUCUCGCUGCACGCGCCGCUUCACGCCGGGCGUGUGCGAGGGGUCCGCGACUACAGUGUGGACAUUCGCGUUCCACACGCAGAACUGCACCGAGAGACUAGGCUGUCCUCUGUCGCACCGCACCAACCGUUUCCGCACUUACAAACAGUGCAUGCGCCGCUGCCGACACCUCAUCGACAUCUACCUGCAGAUCCUGACCAACGACAAGUACACUCAUAUAUUUUACCUGCGCAAUCAAGCAGACGCAGCUGGAAGGAGAGAUGGUGACUCCAUUCCCAUAGAAAUGAACAACACACUAGACCUAGACGACGACAAAGAUGAACCAAGCAGCAGUGAAGAACCUCUCUUCAAUAUGUAUUAUAGAGAUGUAUCGGAAGCGGAAGUGAGUCUACCUCCCGAUAUUGAUUAUGUGAUGGGACAAGAGAACGAGGAUACGUCAGAUUAUGCUUAUGAUGAUUGAUUAAAUGUUGAAUUACU